UACAGAACCAGGUUCCUACAUACAACGAGAACAAGCCCACCUCGUUGUUGCCAGAAAAAAAAAAUCUUUUUCAAAGAAAUUCAGUUAUUUCUUCCGAAAAAAAUCAUAUCAUAUAUACAAAAAAUUGUUGCGGAGCUCUGGGAUUUGGUUGAUUAUACAUUCGUUUAAAGUUCUUCUCCUGAUUUUAGGUUCUUCAGUUCUCCGAAAAUGAACGACCUUCUCAAGGGUUCGCUCGAGUUCCCCAGGAACAGAUCUACAAGAAGCGAUAUCGAGUCGGGGCAUGGCCCUCAUAACUCUGGAGAACUUGGGUUGAGCAGUUUCUUCAAGAAGGUUCAAGAAAUCGAUAAACAAUACGAGAAGCUGGAUUCCCACCUCAGAAGGCUUCAGGAAGCCCAUGAGGAGACGAAAGCCAUCACCAAGGCGCCUGCCAUGAAAGCAAUCAAGCAAAGGAUGGAGAGAGAUGUGGACGAAGUGGGGAAAAUCUCUCGUACCAUAAAAGCAAAGAUAGAAGAACUGGACCGAGAGAAUAUGGAGAAUCGGGGAAAACCUGGUUGCGGGAAAGGAACGGGUGUAGACAGAACAAGAACAGCCACAACUAUUGCUGUGAAGAAAAAGUUCAAGGACAAGAUAGCUGAAUUUCAGAUGCUAAGACAGAACAUCCAGCAAGAAUACCGGGAAGUUGUAGAACGCCGAGUGUUUACAGUGACGGGCCAACGAGCUGAUGAAGAGACAAUUGAUAGAUUGAUUGAGACGGGAGACAGCGAGCAGAUCUUCCAGAGGGCAGUACGAGAACAAGGUCGAGGGCAGAUAAUGGAUACAUUGGCUGAGAUUCAAGAACGGCACGACGCUGUCAGAGAGUUAGAGAGGAAGCUUCUUGAUUUACAGCAGGUGUUUCUGGACAUGGCUGUGUUGGUGGAUGCACAAGGAGAGAUGCUCGACAACAUUGAGAAUAUGGUGUCAAGUGCAGUGGAUCAUGUCCAGUAUGGUAACAAUGCAUUAACGAAAGCAAAACAGAAGCAGAGAAGCUCGAGGAAAUGGAUGUGCAUUGCCAUCAUCAUCCUACUUAUCGUCGUUGCCAUCACACUUGUCUCAGUUCUCAAGCCAUGGACUCACAGAAAUGGUGCCUGAGGUUUCUCUGCCUCGUUCCUGAAU